GGGAGGCCUGGCCGCCAUGGGCGCCUGCCUCCGCGCCGCCCCCCCGCCGCCGGCCGCUGGGGCGGCGGGGCCCUCCGGCGCCUCGUCGUCGUCGGCGGAGCCCGACGGCCGCGCCGGCGCGGCGCACUCGGCGGUCAAGCGGCGGGUGCCGGAGCCUUCGGCGCUGUGGGGCCAGCUGGCCGAGGGCGUGCGCCUCGCGGGGCACAGCAAGGGGCAGGGCGGCGGUGGCGCCACGCCGCGCUCGUCUGGCGUCGCAUUCGAGCUGCAGCUGCGGCUGGACGCUGGCCGGCAGGUGCUCAGCGACAAGGCGCUGCGCCGCGCAACCGGCAGCGAGGGGCCUGGCGGCCGUGCCCAGCAGCGCUCCUCGAGCAACCGCUCCGUGCUGUCGAAGAGGAGUUGGUCCCGACAAGCGCCCGCGCAAGCUCGGGCGCGCGCAGGGGCUGGACGCGACGGCGCGGCCGAGCUUAGGUUUGGUGCCGACGCCAAGAACGAGGCAGAAUGCAUUCCUUUGGCACGGUGCGGCAUCUGCCUCGUCGAGCCCAGCGGCCUCCCGGGCGGCCGCGCCAGCCGCUACUGCGCCAACCCCGAGUGCCAGGGCGCCUUCUGCGGCGCCUGCUUCGGCCAGUAUGCAUCGGGGAAGGUGGAGGACGCGCUCCACUUCGCACCGCCCAUCAACUGCCCAGGUUGCAAGAAGCGGGUGCGCACCUCCAUCUGGACACCACUGGUACCCAACGAGGUGCGCUGCCAGUACCAGGCCAACGCCUCCGCGCUGCUGUCCGUGCGGUGCCCGGCGUGCGACAAGGUGUGCUCCCUCCUUGCAGAGAGCAGCCCCGACGCCGGAAGCGACAAGGGCGAGGAGCACCUCCUCGCGGCCUGCGGGCUGGAACCUGGCGCACCUCUGGGCCAAGCCUGGUCGGAGUAUGCCAGCGGCGACGCCUCCGCGGAUAGCCUGCUGGCGACGCUCUUGCGGGUGCAGUUGAGGGACGUCGCCGACCUCCCGCACUCCGAGCGCGCGAGGCUGACGAAGCUGGUCGGACACGCGGCGUCUCUCGUGCAGGACGCGGAGCGCCGCGUGACCCUCCAGCUGGCGUGGUUGAGGCACUGCCCGAAAAUACGCACGCCCUGCUGCUACGCGAAGCUCUGCUUCAAGUGCAAGGUACAGGGCUGGCACCCGAGGCUCUCCUGCGAGCAGCAGCAGCGGCGCUUCAUCGGCAGCGAGGCGGGGGUGCAGCCGUGCCCGCAGUGCGGAGUGCCCACGCAGCGCACGGACGGGUGCAACCAGGUGCAGUGCGUGUGCGGCUGCGUUUGGGAGUGGGACGACACAGCUCAUGGCGUGCCGCUGAUCUUGGCUUGCAGCAUGGUCCCGCACAGCGGUGGGAAGGCUGACUUCAAGGCGCUGAUCGACGCGCUCCUGGAGCGCGGCGCCGUGUUGCAGGACGAGGACCCAGACGACGGGAGCCGCAUCGGGAGCUUCUUGGUCUCCACCGCGACCUCGGUCACCCACGAGCGCUUCGCGCAGAGCGACGCGGGGCGGCUGACAGCGGCCCUGGAACUCGUGCGGGAGCGGGGCUCGCACGAGGUCAUCGACCUGGACUUCCGCGACAACGACGGGGAUACCCCGCUCAGUGUCGCCGUCAGCGCGGGCAACGUGGAGGCGAUCAGGCUCUUGGUGGGCAGCGCCGUCACGCUUGGCCCCAGCCACAUGCAGAACCUGCGAGGGGCCUGCGUCUCCGCGGCGACGCGAAGGGCCAUGACCCAGGAGCUGGUGCCGCUGGUGCGCGACAGGGGCCGCUGGCGGGAGAGCGUCGACGCUCUGGAGGUGUACCUGCAGAUGUGCAUGCCGGACGAGGCCUGCGCCAGCCUGGAGGCCAUGCGCGCCGAGGAGCGGGUGCACCUGACCGAGUCGCACGCGGGCGCCUUCGUGGGCGGCGGGCUGGGCGCCGAGGCCGCCCCGCGCCUGUGGGAGCUGCUCUGGGGCUGCGCCGCCCAGGACGGCGCGGACUGGGGCGUGAUGUGCGCCACGGCCGCGGGCGUGCUGCUGCGGGUGGAGCUGUGCGGGGCGUGGCCCCUGGGAUUCGCGGACACGGAGGUUCUAGGCCGCCUCAUCGCCGCCCGCGCCGACGUUUCCAGCGAGGAGACUGGGAAGUCGAUCCUCGACGAGGCCUUGGAGCGCGAGGACGCCGCCGCGGUCGGCGCGCUGCUCGCCGCCCGCCCGGCGAGCUGCAGCAGCGACUUCUGGCACGACCGCGCGCUGCAGUUGCUGUGGCGGGACCGGUCCUGGCCGGUCCUGGAGGCGCCCUUCGCGCGCCUGCCCCGCGUCAGCCGCAGUCACUUGCGGAUCGUGCCCGCCUUGUCCAAGCUGCCCCGCUCUGAGCUGUGGAAGGCAGCCCGAGGCAUGUUCUGGCAUCACCGUAUUCUAGUGAAGAAGAUCACAGCGGGGGUAUGGAUUGCGAUCACCCCCGACUUAGAGCUUGUCCGUCACAAUCUCCUAGAGCAGCGCCACCUCGUCCUGGAACGCAAUUCGAUGUUCCCUGCGAAUCGUCGGGGCGAGGUGUAUGGCCUCGACCCUGUGCCUCGAGCUGAGAUUCUGGCUCUGAAGAAGCAAGCUGCAGUUCAGGCAGCAAUAUUGGGCGAUGGCGACCAUGACGUUGAGAUGGAGAACUUCGUUUGGGUCGUCGCGGAGGUAGGUCAUUCACGGUUUGCCCAACCCCUGGUCGAUGCAGAGUUGGACCGGGCUUCUUUGGGGCAGUCCAAGGGCGUGGCGUUGGUGAGUGGCCUCGAAGUGUUCAUAGAGAAGGUUCAGAGCAAUCAGUUGCAAGAGUGGAUGACCUCACGUAGCUCGGAGGGUGGAGACCUACGCACUUUGGGCGACCAUCGGGACUCCGCAGGCCGUCGUCAUCUGCCACUUUCAGACGCUAUAUCCCUCAUGCGCGAGACGAGCUUCGACGAUUGGGCCAUGCUUGGACCACGGGUCGCCAAGGAGUGGCUCGUUUCAGUUCGGGAUGGCCCUGGAGAUCUUUCUUCUUAUCACGGACAGUGGGUUCGCCGUUCGGGAGUCAGCGAAUCCUCGGCGGUGGCCCACAUUCAUUACGUGCUGUGCGAGUCGGUUCGGCUGGCCAUUCAGACAGGCCAGCUCGACGUGACCAACUUGUUGAGCUUCGAACUCAUCAUGCGCAGGAUCUGCCAGGACGAGACCGCGGUGGCUCGUAACCCUCGCCAUCCUGACUACGGUGGGUUGGAGAUUUUGCUUCGCGCUCCGACCGCCGAGCAGGGCCAGGCGAGCACGAACAAGUUCACGGAGUGGGUCACGGGCCGUCUCAAGGAGCAGGCCGCGAUCUACAAGCAGACUCGGUUGUGGAACGAGGAGCAGCGGGCCAUGCAGAACUCUCGUGCCCCCGCAGAAUGGAUCUUGGACAGCAUCGCGGAGCGCGUUGCCGCUGUGGGGGCCGCUCGCGAGUUGCUGGCUUCUAAGGACCUGUACUGCCAGGAGCCGAAGAAACUCGCGCCGUUCGACCUGACGAAGCUCAAGGUCGCUAAGGGGCGCGCUCGACCUCGCUCCGUGGCUAACUUCUUGCCACCUUUGCCCGCGGACAUGAUCCGCAACCCUGCACUGUACAUCGAGAAGGAUGAGGGGGAGAUGGAGUUCACGCGUCAGCACACCGAUCCUAUUCGUCCUUACUGGGGCCCCGUGCUUCGCUCGAGUCGGACAGAGUGCUGGCGACUCUUCAGGGCGUUGUAUGAGCUAGGGCUGAUAACUUUCAGGCGUCGUCUCCGGGCUCGUGCUGCCCUCUUCUUUGUGAAGAAAAAGAAACCAGGUGAGAUUAGAAUGAUUGUGGAUGCCAGACUGGCCAAUUCGUGUCAUCGUGCCCCUGCGAUUUCAAGACUCGGCUCAGCUGGGGCCCUUGCGGACCUCGACCUCUCCGUGGGUGGCGGGUCCGUCGACGGUGUCGGCAGUGUGAUAGGCUGGGGCCCCCGCGGGAACGAGGCCGAUGUCGAGGACUGCUUCUACAACUUCGCCAUCGAUGGCUUGACCAGGGACACGCACGGCAUCAACGUCGGGGCGUUCUGGGACCCCGGGCUGAACACGAUGGUCUCCGUGGAGGACGACAUGGUCUUGUAUCCGUGCAUGCGCGCUAUGUGCAUGGGGUGGUCCUGGGCUCUGUACUUUGCGCAGGAGGCUGUAUCCGCUAUGACAGAGCGGGCGCUGCGUUCGUCGUCUCCACCGACGCCUGCCAUGGCGAAGGAGCAUCGUCCCGCCCCUGACUUGAAUGAGUCUAAGGUCAUGGGAAGCGUCUACGUGGACAACAUCACCGUCUUCGACAGGGACGCUUCUCUGGCUCGUGAGGCGAGCUCCGCCCUGCAGGUCAUGCACGAGAUGAGGUUGGUCGCUGGGCUGGUCUGGCUCGCUGAGGUCGACCUGGCGGCGCCCUACGUGCCGCACGUCUACGCCGGCGACUCCGCCGACAACGGGUACGGCCUGAUGUACAAGAAGGCCACGGUCGAGGAGAUGCAGUCGGCCUUCCGCUGGAAGGAGAAGUGGAGCUUCAGGCAGCACCUCCGAGGCCCCCGCGUUGGUCUGACUUCGGCCGCCGAUGUCGCUGAGAUGGGCGGCUACAGGGAGGCAGACGAGACGCAGCUGGAUCACGAGGUGGGGCCCCGCUGCCGCUCCGCCGAGCCGAACGCUGGCUCCGCCCCUGCCACGGCCUUCGGCCAGUGGCUGCAGAGCAUGGCCGAGGAGGGCUCUGCCCUCGACGGACCUCAUCGGCCUCGCCCUCGCCGUCUGCGGCGGCGCCCUGCCGACCCUGACGAUCCCGACGCCGAGUGCCUCGGUCAGGUUGGCCCCCUGGCGCCGCCGCUGCCCGCCUCCUGGUUCGACUCGGAGGGCUUCAAGCUGGUGGCAGCGAGGCGCUGGCGCUGGCCUGGAGAGCACAUCAACGUGAAGGAGACCCGCGCUGCAGUGAUGGGGCUGCGGCAUGCCUGUUGCGUUCGCCAGAAUUGCGGACGCCGCCUAGUUUCUCUCGUGGACUCCAUGGUAUGUGUUGGCUGCCUGGACAAGGGGCGGCCCAGCCGCUCAGCAGCUCUGAACGCACAGUGCCGGCGAGCUGCGGCCUACACAAUCGGUUGUAGAGUGCGUUGGAGGCUGCGGUAUGCCAACACGAAGUUUAACGUGGCCGACGGCCAGGGUUUCUUGGAGCUGUUCUCGGGCGAGGGUGGGCUCUCCAAGGCGUUCGAGGAGCUCGGCCUGUCUACUUACCCUUGCAUGGACAUCAAAGAUGGGGCUCACUAUGACCUCCUGGACCCGAAGGUCCAGAACAUCAUCCUAGAGGACAUCCGAAAGGGGCAUGGGCCCUGGCCGCGGGCAUGUCAGCGCCUGCGCGGGCCCGAGGCGGCUCAGACCCGCCUGACGGCGGGGACCUGGAGGCCCGGCUUCGCGAUGCUGCGCGACGGCCGGCUUCGCGCGCCCGGGAGCGCCCCCGACCAGCUCGGCAGCGGCUUCAAGCGGAGCCUGACCUCGGGCUCGCUGGCGCCGUCGACUCAGCCGACCUCGAGAGCAGGUUUGACCACCUGCGGCCUUUCAUCAUCUUCGGUCAGGACUCCAACCUCCAAGCAGCAAGGAAGCAGGCAGCCCGCUCGAGGAAAGGCCCGAAAGGUCGCUGGCCGCCGCUCCCGCGUCUCUAGUUUCGUGGAGGCGAUCAAGGGCCGCAACCUGUGCUUCGGGCCGACGGCGCCCGCCCCUGUGGAUGGAGGUGUUGCCCGUUUCGGCUCGAUCACCUCGACGUCGCUGGAGCGAUAUGGGACUGCAGUUCGUGCGUUUUUCGACUGGGCGACGCGCUCAGAUGACCUCAGACAAGCUCCAGAGUCCGUUAUCGAUCAGAAAAUGUGCAAGUACUUCGAUGUUCUCAUGAGUGAUGCUCGACAUGCCGCUGAGGGGCGGUACACACUCUGGGGGUAUCUGACUUUCUUCCCACGGUCGGACAUCGCCAAGUCCGCCCGCCUCUCGAUGGCUCGUGAGGCGAUGAAGGGCUGGGUCCGCAGGUUCCCUGGCUCCUCACGACAUCCGUGGCCGCUCUCAGUCUUCUAUUUGUUUAUGAGUGUCUUCCUGAGGGACAAACACACCGAGGCUGCCGUCGCCCUGGCCAUCCAGCUAGACGCCUACCUGAGACCUUCUGAGAUAUGCGAACUGCGGUGGUGCUCCGUGGUUCAGCCCUCAAAGCUCUCAUCUUCACUGUCAAAGAACAAGUGGGCUGUUGUCAUUGGUAACUCAGACCUCGGUGAGACCACAAAGACUGGUGAGAGCGAUGACACUGUAGUACUCGACUCUGUCGGCCGUGAGUGGGUAGGUUCCGUGCUUGAGAUGUGGGCUAGGCGCCAUAAGUCUGACACCUCUUCUGAUCAGCUAGUCUUCCCGCACUUGUCUCUGGCCAAGUAUGUUGCUUGGGAGUCGAGAUGCGAGUUGAUCGUGCUGCGCCCUGUGACGCUCGCUGCUGACACGCUGGAGAGGAAGCGCCAGAAGGCAGACAGGCCAGAGUGUCCUGGCGCCCCCAGGAACGUGAAGGCGACAAUCGAAGCAGAGCUGGCCACAGAAGCAGGCGACAUGCAAAUUGCGCGGCAAGGCGCUGAGAAUGCAAUGGCGUCGAGCGCCGUUCGUGCGUUUCUCGUCGACGCUGGCAUGUCUGCGUCGUCGCGGCCUACGGGGGUCGACAUGAGCCAGUUCGACGACGACCGCGAUCCGUUUGGUCAUCGCCACGUGGACAUGUCGGAGAUUUCAAUUCGCGCGAGCUGCGCUGCGCAGUCUUGGAAGGAAUCCGACAGCCCGUGCCGGAGGCACCAGAUCCUCGAACAGGGAGCGGGAGAUCAGGCGCAGCCGGACCCGAACGCGCAGCUUGUGAGCCUGGGCGCCUGGCUGGGCAACCGCCACCUGCGCUCCUUCCUGCUGCGCUUCAGCGAGGCCAUGUGGCCGGACGUGGUGCGCAGCACCUGCCUGCUGGGCGUGCUCUGCCUGCACCUGAGCGGCCACGACAUCACCUGGGGCAGCGGCGACCUCGCGGACCUGGUCGAGCACAUUCAGGAGGACUGGCGGUGA